AAAACAUUGUUUGUUCGACCAAGGGUCACGAGCAUACAGACCUUCGAGUCAGGAGAGCUUCGAGGGAAGAACGGCGAGCGUUGAGGAAGAAAUCCAACGGCGAGCUUCGAGGAAGAAAUCCGGGGAAGAAAUCGAGGAAGACCAUCUCGUUUCAGCUGUGCCUCCCGUAGAAAACCCUACUGCUCUUUGAUUCGCUGUUACUGCAACCCCUGUAAGGUUUCUGGAGACGGAUCUGUUCCCUUCCAAGGUUUCAUCUUCAGCAUGGAGAUUUGCCCAAGGAUCUCAUUUGAAAACUCCAUAGGUUCUCCUUGAGGAUUCAUGUAUUAUGAAAUGGCAAAACAGGAUUCGUGUAACUGAGCUCAGAUGAUGAUGAUGAUGAUGGAUGGGUUCUCCUUGAGGACUUCAAUACAAGAGCCGUUGCAGUGCUCACCGGCUUCCAGUGCUCCACCAGUAUCUGCAGGGAGCAGCACCUUAUGGAGUGCCUCUUAUGGUGUUUUCAUGUACACAGACACUUCUAGGUGAUCUAGCUGGGCCUACAGAUUUGAGCUAGAGUGGAUAAUAGCUCUUGCACUAUAAAAAAAAAGGCUUUUACACUUGGCUGCAUCCAUCGCAGAUGUUUGGUGACAGCUGCAUUUGUGCAUCCACAUGAUUACAGUAGUCAGAGAGGGGUAAUGCUAGAUAACCAUGAGGGGUAAUUUUCCUUUGGGUGCUGUCUAGAUUUGAGCAAAGGCAAAGAAAAAGUAACUGAUUCCAAGUUCCAAGAUGAUAAGAUGGCCAAGGUAUCUCACAGCAACGCAACUAUCUCAGCUCAUCCGGAAACAGAAGAACCCAUUAACAGCUCUCCAAAUCUUCAAUGAAGCCAAAACCAGACACCCCAACUACAGACACAAUGGUCCUGUCUAUGCAGCCAUGAUCAAUAUCCUUGGAAGCUCAGGCUACCUCACUGAGAUGAAAGGUGUGAUUGAACAGAUGAAAGAAGACUCGUGUGAAAGCAAAGAUUCAGUAUUUGCAGAUGCAAUUAAGACUUAUGCUCAGGCAGGCUUGCUCAAUGAAGCUGUCUCCCUAUUCAGAAGCCUUAGACAGUUCAAUUGUGUAAAUUGGACACAGUCUUUCAAUGCCCUUUUGCAGAUACUGAUAAAAGAAGCCAAGUUUGAUACUGCUUGUCGUCUUUACUUGGAGUAUUCAAAUGUGUGGGAAGUAAGGACCCAAACUAGUUCCUUGAAAUUGCUUAUUGAUGCUCUGUGUCAGAUGAAGUGUUCAGAUCUAGCUCUGCUGGUAUUCCAAGAGAUGAGUGAUCAAUGUUGCUACCCGGACAGAGAGACGUAUCAGGUGCUAAUGAGAGGGUUGUGUGAAGAUGGGAGGCUGAAUGAGGCAAUCCAUUUAUUGUAUUCCAUGUUUUGGAGGAUUUCACAGAAAGGAAGUGGUAAGGAUGUGCUCAUUUACAGAACACUUUUAGAUUCUUUAUGUGAUAAUGGACAAGUUGAAGAGGCUGUGAAAAUUCUUGGUAAGGUCUUGAGGAAAGGCUUCAAGGCUCCUAAGCGGUGCCACCAGGGUCUGGACCUAAAUUAUUUUCUUGCAAGUGAAAGCUUAGAAAGAGCCAAGGGUCUGAUCAAUGAGACUCUGCUAAGAGGUGGAAUUCCUAGUUUGGCUAGCUACAGUUCUAUGGCCAUUGAUCUUUAUUCUGAAGGAAAGAUCCAUGAUUCUAAUUGGGUGUUUGCUGAAAUGCAAGAGAAGGGCUUUAGGCCAUCAGUUUCCAUGUAUGAAUCAAAAAUUGCUGCAUUGUGUAGAGAGGAGAGAUCUGUUGAAGCUGUUAAGGUGAUUGAAGAGGAGAUGAUGAAGGGGAAUUGUGUUCCAACAGUUGCAACAUACAAUAUUCUGCUGAAAGGCCUCUGUAACGAAGGAAAGUCGGUGAUGGCUAUUGGUUACUUGGAUAAGAUGGCUAGGCAGGUGGGUUGCGUUGCUAACAAGCAGACAUAUGACAUUUUAGUGGAUGGGUUGUGUUGUGAUGGUUGGUAUGUUGAAGCAAGCCGAGUUUUAGAGAGGAUGUUGGACAUGAAAUAUUCGCCUUCUAAUGCCACCCUUUUUACUAAGCUCAUCAGAGGGCUUUGUUUUGUGGGUAGAAGAUACGAGGCUGUGCUGUGGCUGGAGGAAAUGGUUAGCCAAGGUAAAACACCAGAGGUUUCUGUGUGGAACUCAUUGGUCAGUGCUGUUUGUGGUGACAUGGCCAAGGUAGAUUCUAAUGUUGAUAAACUUUGGCAACUUACUGACUCUUCAUAGAUUUUAUUACAUGGGAAGACAGUUGUUAGACAAUGUGCUAGAUAUGGAACUUACACUAAAAUUGAAAUAUCCGGCAUGAUAUGGCACCAAAGGGGUACUUAUGGCAGGUAGUCUAGACUCUAGAGUAGUUGACACUUGACAGCUAGUCUAAAGUAAGUAGUAAAGGGGUGUACUUGUGGCAUAUAUGAGGCGGGCUAGCCUACAUCUCAUGGAUAUGAUACUAAUGGUGCCAGGCUCAAGAAUUAUGGCAAAUGAAUCCGAUAUAUGGCCUUCAAUUUUGGACAGAUUUCUAACAAUGCUGGAGCAUUCUGGUCAAUUGUAGUAAUGGGGCACUCCUGGAAAUGGCAGUGUAAGAGAGUCUUUGAAGGUAUUGGUUUUCACCGUCAAAUGUAAUUGCUACUGCCAAUGCGUGCCUAGCUGAAUUAAUAAGCCAAAUCCCAAAUGCCGACCUGGUUUUGAGUGAUGGGUCGAGCCACAACCAAGGACUCUGGUACCUAGAUCGCAGCCUCCAACUGGUGGGUACCUUAAAAUAAAUAUAGAUGGGUCCUCUUCUUUUGACAAGGCGGGUGCUGGUACUGUCAUCAGAGACUCCUAUGGAAAUUUUGUGUUUGGUAGAGAUGCUAAACUGCCUUUGGUCUUGUGCUAAGUAGCCGAAACCUUUGCCUAGCUCUAUGCACUGAGAUUUUCUUUAGAGAUUGAUUUAUCUCGUAUCCUUAUUGAAAGCCUGCCUUUACUGAUUGUGCACUCUCGGUUAUUCAUAGAUGCUCAAAUUGCGUAACACACAGUAUUGCGAAUUUGCUUGCUCUGUACAAAGCAUCUAUACUUGGUCAUCUGAACCUUCUUCUUCAUGAUCUCGUUGUAACAGACUUCUUAAUUUAAUAGAUGCUUUGUUUUUAGAAAAAAUAAUACUUUCUAUUGUACAUUUGUACUUGGUAAGACACUGCUACUAUAACAUAAAUAUUUUAUCCACUAAAAUGGCCUGUAAGUUUU